AUGUAUAAAAGAAUAUUUGAUAGGAAUGAGUUUUGUUUGUUUGUUUAUAUUAAGAAACGAUCAUUACAUAUAGAUGGUGCUCAAGAUAUUUUUCAUCAAAAAAGUAAUAUUAAGAAUGAGAAGAAUAAAUUUAAGAACAUCUAUGUAUCUUUUUCUUUAAACAAAUAUAUAAACAUCAAUAGUUUGGAUUCAAAUAAAUUUAUUAGAACACCAAUACAUUAUCAGAAAUAUAAAGAAUUAGUUGAUAGCAUAAAAUGUGCAAGUAAUAUUAGAUUACAGAAUAUUCAUUUAAUACGAAAAAUAAUAAAUUCUUUAGAAGUAUAUAUUAUAAAUUAUUUAAAUAAUUUAAAUGAUUAUAAUAAUGAUAUGAAUUAUAAUAUUCAACAACAAUAUAAUCUUUUAUAUGAUGAAGAAGAACAAGAAAUUACUCCUAAUAGCAUUAUAACCAUAUUAAUUAGUUUAUAUAAAUUAAGAUAUAGAAAUAUAAAUUUUCUAAAAUUAUUACAAAAAUAUAUAUAUAUGAAUAAAGAAUAUUUUAAAAUAUCACAAAUACAUUUAAUUUUAUAUAUAUAUUCUUAUUUUAACACUAUAAAUAAUAUAUUUAUUAAUUCUAUACUUUCUAUUAUAUUAAAAAAUAAAGAAUAUCUAACAAAUGAUAAUAUUCUAAAUAUAUUCACUUCAUUAUUCUAUAUAAACUGUAAGAACCAAAAAACCAUCGAUAUAUUAAUUGAUUAUAUAAUAAACAAUGAAUUAAAUUUCGAUAUUAAUAUAAUUAUAUAUAUAUUAAAUAAUUUGAAAAAAUUAAAUUAUGAAAAAAUUAAUUUAAUCCAAUAUUUCUACCCACAAAUUGUUAACAAACUAUAUAUGUUAAAUGAUGAAAAAAAUGUAGAUUAUAUUGAUCCCUUUUUUUUAAAAAAAAAUAUUUCAAAUGUUAUGCAAGACAAUAAUACAUAUGACAAGAAUGUGGAUGUAUUGAAGCAAAACAUUUAUAAACACGAUAGUGUUAAACAAAGAAAUGAUGAUAUAAAUAUAAAAGUGGAGACAUAUAUGAAUCAUUAUAGAUAUGAUAAUAAAAAUGAAGAUAUGAAUAAUUAUUCUUAUGAUGAUCAUAAUUGUAAGAACAAUAAUUAUAUUUGUGAUCACAAUAGUGUAGAUGUUAAUAUAAAAGAAAAGAAACACACAAAUAAUAAUAAUAAUAAUAUAUGUAGUAGUAGUAAUUACAAAAUUAAUCAGUUGAAUGAUAUUAAUCUAGAUUCCUUUUAUGGAUCACUACAUAACGAAUUUAUUGUUGAGAAUCAAUGCACACAUAAAUAUAUAUAUGAAUAUUAUAAUAAAAAUGAUAUUCAUGAUAAAAAAAAAAGGAAAAUUAUUUUAUUAAUGGAUGUUAUUAUAUAUUAUAAAUAUUUUAAAGAAGAAUUAUUAAAAGUUUUAUAUGAAUAUAUUUUAAAAAAUUUAAAAACAUAUGAUACUCAAGAUAUAUAUUUUAUUAUUUCUAAUAUUUUUCAUUUCCAUUUAUAUAAUUACCCAUAUAUUAAUUUAUUAAAUAAUAAAUUAUUAUUAGCUUUAUGUUAUAAUUAUAUACCUAUACAUAAAAAUUGUCAUUGUAUACUCUUCUUAUCUUUAAAAUUGUUGAUGCAAAAAUAUAAUUAUUACAAUAUAUUUAUUGAUAAUAUAUUAUUUCAUAAAAUUAAAACAGAAAUUUUAAACUUACAAGAAAGACAAUUUUUAAAUUUAUUGACUCAAUAUAAAAAUUCUCAUAUUAUCAAAUACUUGUGCGAUCUUUCUUUGAUAUAUUGUAAUUUACUCGUCAUAAAAGAAGAAGAAAAUAAUGAUAAUUUUUAUGUAGAUUUUAUAGAUACAGUGAAAAAUAAUCAUCAAUGUAAUAUUUUUGAUAACAACAUAUAUAAUGAUUCUAUAAAAAAAGAAAAAAACCAUCAUAUAGAUAAAACAAGUUGUCAAAUAAAAAAUAAUAUACAACAGAAGAAUAAACAAAAAGGUAUUCACCAUAUUUACAACCAUAUAUAUACUGUAAAUUUUAAUGAACAAAAUAAAUUACUAUUAUUUCAACCUGAUAUUUUAUUAGAUUUAUUUUUCUUUUAUAUUGAAUUGAAAUAUUAUAAAGGUAUUUUUCUAUUUCUAAAAAGUAUAUUUCUAGGUAUUACAAAUUUUAAAGAAUUCGAUAUAUUUUUAUUCUACAAGAUUAAUAAUUAUCUUAAAAAUAUAAAAAAAACAAGCUACGAAUUAGAUAAUUAUGAACAUGUUCAUAUUUAUAAAAAAUUCAAUGCCCUACAAAUCUUACAAAUAUAUGAAUACUUCAAAAAUUGUUUUACUACAUAUGACGACUUUAUUAACAUAAAAAAGAUCAUACAAAAUGAGGAGGAGGAUGAUAAAUAUAACAUGUAUCAUUUUUAUUUUACAAAUGAAAUUUGUAAUAUUUUUAAGAAUAAGCAUACAGAUAUAUCAAAUACGAAUUCUCAUUUGAAUGUAUUAUUAGAAAAUAAUUCGAAUAGUAAAAGACAAAACAAUCAGAACAUACAAAUAGUUAAUGAUACAUAUAAUAAUGAGGUGACGAAUAAAUAUAUCCAUACCAAUUCAAAAAUAAAUUAUAUAAGUCCAAAUAAAUCUUAUCAGAAGUAUAUUGUGAAGAAAGAAAAACAUGAAUAUGAUGAACAAAUAAAUUACGAUUACAAUAAAAAAGAAGAAAUGAAUAUACCAAAUAGUUUGUAUAAUAAUAUAUCCAUAAAAUAUGAAAAAACGAAACUUUUUGAUAUAAAUAAUUAUAUUUAUAAUAUAAUUAAUAAUAUUUUUAUAUACGCUCCAGUGGAUUUAUUUGCUUUACAUAUACAUUAUUAUAAUUCAUCGAAUAUAAAAUUUUUACUUAAAAAUAUCAUUUUUAAAUUAGCUUAUUUAAAUGUCAAUUAUUUAGCUUUAGUCAUAUCUAAAAUAUACAAGUUGAUGUGCAAAGAAAAAGAAAAUGAAUAUGUUGUUUUUUUAGAUUUCUUUUUCGAUUAUUUAUUAGGACAAGAAAGAAAUAAUGAUAAGUAUAUGUAUAGACUAAAAAAUAUGGAACAUGAAAAAAUUAACAAUUUCUUCAAUAUUAAUACAAACGAAAAAAGGACACUUAUUGAUAUUAUAUACAAUAAUAGAGUUCAUAAAAAUAUUCAUGAUGAGAAAAAAAUAAAGAAACGUAUUGCAUAUAUAUUAUAUAAAAACAAUAAUAUUUUCAAUUCUGUGAAUAAUGAUAUAAUUAUUAAUGAAGAAUUUUUAAACACAUUCUUCAAUUAUGUUGUGAAUAAGAAAAAAUACAAUUUUAUGUGUUCAUUUUAUUAUAUGACGAACGAAAGCUUAUAUCUUAUUUUGAAUUCAUUACAAAUAAAGAAGAAAAAUGAAAAAUAUAUUGAAUGUAUAGAAUUAAUUACAAAUAUUAUGAUAUUUAGAUAUAUACAGUAUACAUAUAAUAAAGAAGAAGGUCGAAAUUAUUCAAACCAAAAGGAAGAAUAUUAUAAUGUUGGGAAAAAUUUAAAUUCUUCUAAUGAUAAUUUAUAUGUUAUAAAAGAUAUAAAAAAUUUACAACUUAAUUUGAAUUUGUCCUAUGAUGAUGAGCUAGCCAAAGAAAAAAGGAAACUUCAGGAAAAAAAAAAAAAAAAAAAUUAUGAACAUGUUCAGGUAAAUAAUAUAAAUGUGUGCAAAAUUGAUGAAGAAGAAAAACAAAAGUACAUAUUAGAAGAUAAUAAUAAUAAUAUGAAAAAUAUAAAUAAUGAAAGAGAGAAUUUAUAUAAUACUAAUCCAAAUAUAGAAAAUAAGAACAAUUGUAUUAAUAUAAGUUGUGAUGAUAAAGAAGAAAUUGAUAAGAAUACAUUUGAGGAUAAUAAUAUUAUGAAGAGGUUUAUUGAAAUAUAUUACAGAAUAAUUAAAGUUCGAUAUUUUCAUGAAUUACCUAUAAAUAAACAUAUAUUUCGUGAAUUAUCUAUAAAUAAUGAAUAUUUAGAUAAUCAUAAAUUUUUAAGUUUGCUAUUUUUUAUAUAUAAAUACAAAUUUGAUGAAACAAAAUAUAUUUUUAUGUUACAGAAAAGAUGUUUCUUAUAUAAAGAAUUAUAUUAUACCCAUAGUAAUUAUAGAAUAAUAUCAUUUCUUUGUAAAAAAUUAAAUAUCCAUAUUGAUGAUAAUAUUCGAACAACUCCAACAAAACAAACAUCAUACGAUUAUGAAAGGUGA